AUGGCUGGCACCAAGAGACUCUAUCUAUCGCCUUACAAGACAAAGGAAGAAAAGGAAGCCCGAAAUAAGUCCAGCCGGAACGGGCUGGGACUGGUCGAGACAAAAGAAAGUGCAAAAGCGAGUUGUAAAGAGGGCGUGGUAUCGCGCCAGUCUCUGGUUGGAUCUCCUUCCGGUGCUGGAAUGGAUUGGCCGAUGGCCAAGGACGCGGGAUGUCGAUAUUGGGAUCGAACUCUGCGCAUCUUGCAGGACAGUGUCUCGCAUGGAUCCUUUCUUAGGGGACUUGGGGCCCACAUCGGAGCCGAGGGCGCUGGGAUGCAUGUCAGAUUAUGGGUCGACAUGCCGAGCGGAUGA